AUGUCUCAACAGCAAGAGGCUGCUGAGCGCCAACAACAGCAACUUCUUCAGCUGCUUCUUGAUCAACAAGAGCAGCGAAAAAGAGAACAAGAACAACAGUUGGAACAGCGAAAAAGAGAACAAGAACAACAGCUGGAACAGCGCAGGCUUGAUAGAGAGGCACAAGAACGAUCCGAAACUAGUCUACACGAACUGUUCCGGACGACUGUGGCAGCUCUUCAGGCUGUUCAUCAGGUGAAUGGCUCAGGAGAACCGGCUGUCACCCCACGAGGUUCCAGAGUUGUUACGCCACUUCCCUCUCCUGUUCCUUCUCCUGUUCCCGUUCCCACUGUUCGACAGAUUCAACAUCCAGGUCGAUUCCAGGAUGUUCCUGAAUCAAGUGGGACUUCGCCAUGA